AUGGAUGACGUGUCCUCACUUCCUCCCCCGAUCCAGAGACGAAGCCAAAACCUCCUGGAGUCAAUCGACGUCAUCAGGGCAAGAUGGCGUCGAUUGGAGCUGAAGAUGAUUGAGCUUCGAAUCUUGGCCACAGUGGGUUCAGACUUCGACCUGAGGACGUUGAGGGCGGUCCGGGUGCUGAGACCCCUGAAGCUCGUAUCAGGAAUCCCAAGUCUCCAGGUGGUCCUGAAGUCCAUAAUGAAAGCCAUGGUCCCUCUGCUUCAGAUCGGCCUGCUGCUCUUCUUCGCCAUCGUCAUGUUCGCCAUCAUCGGGGUGGAGUUCUACAUGGGCAAGUUCCACACCACCUGCUUCCGGCUGGACACCGGUGUUGUCUCGUCCUCAGGUGAGAAAGCAGUGGACUGGCCGUGUGGCCUGGAGCCUCCGGCCAGGACGUGUCCCAACGGGACCCAGUGCAGGGAGUACUGGACCGGACCCAACUUCGGCAUCACCAACUUCGACAACAUCCUGUUCGCGGUGCUCACUGUGUUCCAGUGCAUCACCAUGGAGGGCUGGGUGGAGAUCCUCUACAGCACCAACGAUGUGGCAGGAAGCACCUGGAACUGGCUGUACUUCAUCCCUCUCAUCAUCAUCGGCUCUUUCUUCAUGCUCAACCUGGUGCUCGGCGUCCUGUCAGGAGAAUUUGCCAAAGAAAGAGAGCGUGUGGAGAAGAGGCAGGAGUUCCUGAAGCUCCGGAGGCAGCAGCAGAUCGAGCGAGAGCUGACCGGAUACUUGGAGUGGAUCUGCAAAGCGGAGGAGGUGUUGCUGGAGGAGGAGGAGGAGAUCGCAGAGGAGAAGUCUCCGCUGGACGGCGCGUGGUACAAGAGGAAACAAAACCUGCCAGUUCUGAAACGAGGAAAAGUCAAGAAAGGUAAAAACGACCUGAUCGGUGCCGAGGAGGGGGAGGAUCCUUUCGCCGACAUCACCUCCGUCGCUCCUCCUGGCUCUCCGUUCGGCCGAGCCAGCGUGAAGAGCGGCGGUAAGAUGGACAGCUCCUCGUACUUCCGCCGCAAGGAGAAGAGGAUCCGCUUCUUCAUCCGACGCAUGGUGAAGGCCCAGAGCUUCUACUGGAUCGUCCUGUGCCUGGUGGGGCUCAACACGCUGUGUGUGGCCAUCGUCCACUACGACCAGCCCGACUGGCUCACCAGGGCCCUGUACACAGCAGAGUUCGUGUUCCUGGGUCUGUUCCUGAGCGAGAUGAGCUUGAAGAUGUACGGCCUCGGAGCGCGGAACUAUUUCCAUUCCUCCUUUAACUGCUUUGAUUUCGGGGUGAUCGUGGGAAGUAUCUGUGAGGUGAUCUGGGACAUGAUCAAACCCGGGGCCUCGUUUGGGAUCAGCGUGUUAAGAGCCCUGCGGCUGCUCCGGAUAUUCAAAGUCACCAAAUACUGGAACUCGCUGAGGAACCUGGUGGUUUCCCUCCUGAAUUCCAUGAAGUCCAUCAUCAGCCUGCUCUUCCUCCUCUUCCUCUUCAUCGUGGUGUUUGCUCUGCUGGGCAUGCAGCUCUUCGGAGGACAGUUUAACUUUGCAGAGGAGACGCCGACAACAAACUUUGAUACGUUCCCAGCCGCCAUCCUCACCGUGUUCCAGAUCCUGACCGGCGAGGACUGGAACGCCGUCAUGUACCACGGGAUCGAGUCCCAGGGCGGCGUGCGGCGCGGCAUGUUCUCCUCCGUCUACUUCAUCGUCCUCACGCUGUUCGGAAACUACACCCUCCUGAACGUCUUCUUGGCCAUCGCCGUCGACAAUCUGGCCAACGCUCAGGAGCUGACGAAGGUGGCAAAAGAGGAGAACAAGAAAAAAAAACAAUCGUCUCUGAGUUACACUGUCUACUCCUCCCCCGCCCGACGAAUCUUGAGCAGCAAGGAGCAGCAGCGCUCAGCAAAGAGCAUGUCGGUGUGGGAGCAGAGGACCAAUCAGCUGAGGAGACACAACGUCAGGUCGAGCAGCGAGGCCCUGUUCAACGAGCUGGACCCCGAGGAGCGCCUCCGCAUGUCCUCCGCCCUCCACCUCCACCCGGACAUGAAGACCCACCUGGACCGGCCCCUGGUGGUGGAGGCCAGGAACGGCGACAAACCCAGCAGGCCUCCCGAAGGAGGGGGACGGGAGGAGGCGGGGGAUCCCCGGCAGGACGGGACCGGAGACAACUCCCAGGCUCACCCCAGGAAGCACCACCGCCACCGCGACAGGAACGGGGGCGACGGGGGUGACGGGGGCGACGGCAGGGGGGGGCGGCACCACACCCAUCACAGCAGAAGCAGGGACCACAAGGCCGACCAGACGAAAGAGAGGAGGGCGGAGAGGAGCCACAGCCACGAGGGGGGGCAGGGACACAGGCACCACCACCAGGCCGGCUCCCCCGAGGAGGAGAACAACGACAUGCAAGGAGGAGGAGAGGAAAGAGGCCAUCGCCAUCACCACUCCCAUCGUCCGGCCAAAGAGGGGAACGGGACGAUAGGGAACGGAGCACAGGGAGAGCGGAGGGGCAGAGGAGGAGGAGGAGGAGGAGGAGGAGGAGCAGGGGAUAGUAACGGAGAGAGGAAGGGGCGCUGCUCUCGGAUGGUCCGAGCUCAGUCGACUCUGGAUGGAGACGACUGCAAGAGGAACAGAAACGGAGCCCGAGGCCUCAGAGAGAAGCAGCCAGAUGCUGAGGACAGCGGCCUGGCCUCCAGCCCCCUGCAGCUCAGGCGCAGCAGCCUGAGUCUGGGGGAGAAGCAAGAGGACGCCGACAACCAGAAGAACUCCACCCGGGCCAGUCAGGCCGGCCUCAACAGCAGCAACGCCAUCCACAUCCCCGUCACCAUCACCUCGCCCGGAGAGACCGCCAUCAUUCCCAUGAACAGCAUCGACUGUGACAACGUUCAAAUCAGCGACGAGAAGAAAGAUCUGGAGGAAGAGGAGGCGGCUAAUGGGCCUCGGCAGAUCCUCCCCUACAGCUCCAUGUUCGUGUUCGGGCAAACAAACCCGGUGCGGCGGCUGUGUCACUACGUGGUCAACCUGCGCUACUUCGAGAUGUGCAUCCUGAUGGUCAUCACCAUGAGCAGCAUCGCUCUGGCAGCCGAGGACCCGGUGCAGGCCAACGCACCGCGCAACAACGUUCUGAAGUAUCUGGAUUACGUCUUCACCGGAGUCUUCACGUUUGAGAUGGUGAUUAAGAUGAUCGACUUGGGGCUGCUGCUCCACCCUGGUGCGUAUUUCCGUGACCUGUGGAACAUCCUGGACUUCAUCGUGGUCAGCGGAGCUCUGGUGGCCUUCGCCUGCUCAGGGACCAAAGGCAAGGACAUCAACACCAUCAAGUCCCUCCGGGUCCUGCGGGUCCUUCGGCCACUCAAGACCAUUAAGCGUCUGCCCAAGCUGAAGGCUGUGUUUGACUGUGUGGUGAACUCUCUGAAGAACGUCCUGAACAUCCUCAUCGUCUACAUGCUCUUCAUGUUCAUCUUCGCCGUCAUCGCCGUGCAGCUCUUCAAGGGGAAAUUCUUCUACUGCACGGACGAGUCCAAGGGUCUGGAGAAGGACUGCAGGGGUCAGUUUCUGGACUAUGGCCGGGACGACGUGGCAGCUCAGCCCCGAGAGUGGAAGAAGUACGAGUUCCACUACGAUAACGUUCUCUGGGCCUUUCUGACGCUCUUCACCGUCUCCACUGGAGAAGGCUGGCCCAUGGUCCUGAAACACUCCGUGGACGCCACCUACGAGGACCAGGGCCCCAGCCCGGGCUUCCGCAUGGAGACCUCCAUCUUCUACGUGGUCUACUUCGUGGUCUUCCCCUUCUUCUUCGUCAACAUCUUCGUGGCUCUGAUCAUCAUCACGUUCCAGGAGCAGGGAGACAAGGCCAUGUCGGAGUGCAGCCUGGAGAAGAACGAGCGAGCGUGUAUCGACUUCGCCAUCAACGCCAAACCGCUGACGAGGUACAUGCCAGCGAACAAGCUGUCCUUCCAGUACAAGAUGUGGAAGUUUGUGGUGUCGCCGCCGUUCGAGUACGCCAUCAUGACUCUGAUCGCCCUCAACACGGUGGUGCUGAUGAUGAAGUUCUACGGAGCUCCGGACCUGUACGAGUCGAUGCUGAAGUACUUAAACAUCCUCUUCACGGCGCUCUUCACCCUGGAGUGCAUCCUCAAGAUCAUUGCCUUCGGGCCUCUGAAUUACCUGAAGGCAGCGUGGAACGUGUUCGACUUCGUGACCGUGAUCGGGAGCAUCACAGACAUCGUGGUCACGGAGGUGAAGGACAAGAUGAUCAACCUGAGCUUUCUGCGACUGUUCCGAGCCGCUCGUCUCAUCAAGCUGCUGCGACAGGGCUACACCAUCCGCAUCCUGCUGUGGACCUUCGUGCAGUCCUUCAAGGCUCUGCCGUACGUCUGCCUCCUCAUCGCCAUGCUCUUCUUCAUCUACGCCAUCAUCGGAAUGCAGGUGUUUGGAAACAUCGAGCUGAAUGAAGACACGGCCAUCGAUCACCACAACAACUUCCAGACCUUCUUCCAGGCGCUGACGCUUCUCUUCAGGAGUGCGACGGGCGAGGCCUGGCAUGAGAUCAUGUUGUCGUGUCUCAGUAACCGGCCGUGUGAUAGGCUCUCAGGGACGGUGGGGAAGGAGUGUGGCAGCGACUUCGCCUACUUCUACUUCGUCUCCUUCAUCUUCCUCUGCUCCUUCCUGAUGUUGAACCUCUUUGUCGCCGUCAUCAUGGACAACUUCGAGUACCUGACCAGGGACGCCUCCAUCCUGGGGCCGCAUCACCUGGACGAGUUCAUCCGCGUGUGGGCGGAGUACGACCCGGCGGCGUGCGGGAGGAUUGUCUAUCAGGAUAUGUACAAAUUGUUGCGUUUAAUCUCUCCUCCUCUGGGUCUGGGGAGGAAGUGCCCGAACAGGGUGGCCUAUAAGCGACUGGUGAAGAUGAACAUGCCCAUCGCGGAUGACAACACGGUUCACUUCACCUCCACGCUCAUGGCCCUGAUCCGCACGGCCCUGGAGAUCAAGCUGGCAUCUGGGGUCCUGGCGCAGCGUUUGUGCGACGCUGACCUGAAGCGGGAGCUGAGCCGGGUUUGGCCCAACCUGUCGCAGAAGACCGUGGACGUGCUGGUGACGCCGCACAAGUACAACGAGCUGACGGUGGGGAAAGUCUACGCCGCCUUCAUGAUCUUCGACUACUACAAGCAGAACCGAGCCAAGCGGCUCCAGCAGCAGCAGCAUCCUGCAGGAGGAGCUCAGAGUAAAAUGGGGACGCUGUUCCGUCCUGUGCUGCCGCUCACUCACAUACAGGAAGUAGAACCUCGGAUCUGCAGCCCCAAGCAGCCCCUCCCUCCCCUGCCUGAGCCGGAACGUACACCAGAGGCCCCGCCCAUUACCGCCAUCACCACCACCACGUCCUCCACGUCGAUAAACAGGGACGCAAUGUUGAACCAGAGGAGCGGCAUCAGACACUCGCAGUCCGGGGACGUGUCCCAGGGGGCGCCGAGGCCCCGGGGUCUGAGGAAGCUGCAGAGGGGUCAGUCGGAGGACGUUCCCUAUUACACCAGACCUCAGGAGCUGGUGGAGCUGAAGCAGGUGGAGGACCUCUCAGACUCGGAGGGAUAUCCCAGCCUGGAGGGCCACUACCGAGCGGCGUCUCUCCCCCGGCUCAACGCCGAGUACUACGUAAGGUCUUCAGGGCUCGAAUCUGAUCUCUUUGAGUUGAUAGUGUCCAGUUUGGAAAAGGCCAAUGACACAACACUCCACCUCUUCCUUGCUCUCCAGCAGCGACGCCUGCUAACUUACAAACUGUGUAAGUUGUGUAACGAGACGUUUUCAUUCUUCUCAAACGUUUCUCACAUUUUCCCGGAGAAGAACAGACUAAACAUCGUCUUUAGACUCAAGGUCGCCAUCCAGUGGUUGUGGUGUGUGUGUGUGUGUCGUGGGUAUUUUUCGGCGACCCAGCUUCAGGUGGUUUGGGUGAAAGCACCUCAGCCGCUCGUCUGCUCGACCUUCUCAUCACGCCUCUCCAACCUUCUCUCCUCGCAGCCGAUCGUCGACCUCAGUCCCAUCAGGCGCUCGGCGUCCUCGCUGACGCCACAGCGCCACCAGGAGGACGGGCUGAGUGAGUACGACCUGCAGCGGCUCGGCCUGGCUCAGGCCCCCCCGGGUCAGGACCGAGCCCACCACCAUCACCACCACCACCGCUGCCAUCGACGCAGGGACAAAGACAACAAGCAGAAGUCCCUGGACAGGACCGCGUCGGUUCAACCGUCCAGCACCGCCGAUUCGUUCACCGACCCGUCAGCUGAAGGUUUGUCCCGAGAGCGAGCGAGGGAGCGGGACCGCAGCCGGCCUCACGAGCGCCGACACCACUCCUCCGCCGGGGAGAAGCAGCGCUACUACUCGUGUGAGCGCUACGGCAGCCGGGAGCAGUGCCACGCCCGGUCGGCCGGCCCCAGUCGCUCCACGUCGCCCGGUGAGGGUCAGGACGCCGGUGUGCUCAAACAGUACGGCAGCAACGUUGGCAAAGCGGGCGCUGGGACGCUCCCGUCUGAUUCCAGCACGCCGGGCCGUAGUCGCCGGCAGCUGCCCCAGACGCCCCUCACCCCUCGACCGGCCGUGACCUACAAGACCGCCAACUCCUCACCUCUCCCGUCCGGUGCCGGCAACUCCACGAAGGGGCACCAGACUCGCUUCAGCCGUGGCCUUUCAGAGCACGACCGCUUGUACGUGGACCACAACGAGUCCCCGAUACCGGUCACCCGCAUCGGCUCGGACCCUCAUUUGAACCGGCAGCUGCAGGACGCUUCCCGACAGGCCCUCCUCGAGGAGAGGGAGGACAUGCAGGACGCCGUGAGCAGCCACGGGUCAGGGGGUCGCUCUGCCAGAACCACUGCCUCAACCACAGCCUCUGCUUCACGCGCCACUGCCGCCGCGGCCGCCACCAUGCCCGUCACGCAGGCCCGGGCGGCGGGGGUGCCAAACGGGUUCCACUUCACCCUCGGGGUCAGCUCGGUGUCCGGGCCGGGCAGCAGAGGGACGGGAAGUCUCAGGGAGAGGGAGGACGAGGACUGGUGCUAACCUGGUGGAACACGUCGGAGCGAUGUCGGAGCUGUAAAGUGCUGGUGCCGAGUCCGGGGGAUCGAUGCCGAGGGAAAACGCCAGAGCAAAGUGCUGUGAAAGGGGAUCUGAAAUCAUUCCAGCGUUGUAGUGUCUCUCUCCUUUUUUAUAUAUCGACAAAAGACUCUGAGGACGUUUUGUACCCCGUUGACUUGCACUGAAAUCAUAGCACAUGUGAAGACCCUCAAGUAUUUUUGCCUUGGUCAGUGACAUCAGUGUUGGAGCAGAAGACAAAAGCCAAAAUUCCCCAAUUCAAAAAAACUACAACCUCAUUCCUGGUGUCAACAACGUUUUUAUCAUCAUUGUUCGUUUUGUUUACUUUUGCCAUGUCGGUUCGACAAGAGUUAAAACUUGAUCAUAUUGAUGCUACCACCAAAUUGUGUUCCUCUUUUUCUUUUUUUACAUUUUAUUUCUUCUUCUUCGGCUCUUCAGGGUUUCGACCAAUUCUGACGUCAAGAGACAAUUUAUUUCGGUCUUAAAUUUCCAACACUUAAUGGACCCGGUAAUUAAUGUGACAGAAAUCACAGGGAUCGCUUAGAGCAGAAGUAGAGCCGAGUUUUAACGAUCCGUUUACGUAAAUCGAACCAGAUGUAGAUUUCUGGAGACGUUUAGGGACUAGAUCAUUUUCUGACUUCAUGUGGCUGAAAACCAAGUGCCUCGUUUUCCCAGGUGGACGGAGACGCCGCCCGGCCGUGGGCUUAGGUGAGAGCGACGUGCUGAGAAACAAGCGGCCGGAACAAAGCUGCUUGCUGGUUGAAUCUGGUUUAAAGGACAGAAUGCAAAAAAAAACAAAAAAACACUAACAAAUCACUUUUUUUGUACUAAAAUACUGUUGUGGUAGGUAAAUCAGAUGCAACGUAAGCAAUGUAGUGCAUGCAGGGUCUUGAACAUGUCAAAAAAAUAGUGUCUGUACUGUUGCUUCGGGGUGUGUGGUAAGUAUUUGCCUUUCUCUUUCAAACACGCUGCCACCACGUUGGCAGAAAUCGUCUCUAAAUCGAGGAAAGUGCCAUUUUUUUUGAUCGAUAAUAAUCCAGUAUAUGUCACCUCGGCCAUAUUUGCCCAGAUCCCACGGGUUGUCCUUCUCCUUCUCCCCUCUUUCCAACGAGAGCAGUAUUGUGCGAGGGUUUGUCGGCGGUGGCAAAGGGUUGUGUUGUUGCUGCUGACUGUUGACUUCACGUAGGGCUAUGCAACAAGACGACACUUCAUCUGCCCUGUAGCUUUAACCCUCUGGAAUCUCCAGGUUCAGGCUUUAGUGCGACUGUGACCAAAUUUUACAUUUUAAACGUGUGAAGAGUUGUAAAUUGUAAAUAUUUCAUAUGUGAUGUACAGAAAACACACAAACUCGUAUGGAAGCUCACACGUGUGUUUUUGAGGUUUGGAAGGUUGACUGCAUGAUGCCGGAUAGAACCCGCCCCAGAUAUAAAGCUGUGUUCUCUCCAGACUUGGGUCUAGUUGUGUUCUUAAAUAAUUAUCACUGGAUUCUGAAGCUUGUUCACAGAACCAGAUGUCAGAUUUUUGGGGUCGAGUCACAAAAAGGUUGAAACUGAACCAGCAGCAAACAAAUGCUACUGCCAGACCAGAGGCUGCUCUUCUGCCAGAUGUCGUCCGUUAAUGACCGUUAGCUUGUCAGGCUAACACAACACAUUCCCAUCGGACACAACAACGUACAGUGACUGCUUCAAGGAUGAGCUUUCAAAUAUUCUGAGGAAGAGAGAGCGAGAUACACCUCCACUUCCUGCUGACUUCCAGAAAUGAAGCCAAAAUAUCACGUGCUCGACCAAUCACAGCUCAGUGUCAUUUGUCAAUCAGGACAUUUCACCACGUUUUUAAUAGCAUUAAAUAACUGAUUAAAACCAAACUUACAUAAAUAUUUACCUAAACAGACAGAAACCACCUUUGAAUAGAGUUUAUUUAACUGUGAACCUAUACUGCAGCCAGCCACCAGGGGGCGAUCAAAACAAUAUGUCUUAAGCUUCGAGGAGCAGAACUCAAUGAACUGAUUUUAAUUCAAUGUUGGCCAAGUUAACAAUUCAAACAUCAAUAGUACAAUUCCAGCAUUUUUAACGUGAUUAGUUUUUUAUUUGAUCGUUUCUCAAAUUUGAGAGUUUUAAAGAUAUUUAUUUUUUUACAUCUGUUCAGCGAUAAUCUAUCAUUGUUUGUAAAUUUGGAUCAAAGUACAGAUCAGAUUAACCUCAUGUCUUCAUGCUCAUAUUCUCCCGGUUUAUCUCUGAGUAGGUUAAAGAAAAACGUGAAUUAUUUGCAAAUAUGAUUAGAUCCAAAUCCGAUUAGUUCCCUAAUGUUUUAAUUUACUUCGUGUGGUCUCGAUAUCUGUGCAACACAUUUGAUAGAUCAUCUAAACCGAGACGUCUGGAGUUUGAAGCAGGCGGCUCGUAGCGUUUCUGUGAACUUAGACUGGAACUCAGAUUCUCGUUAGGCAUUAAUUAAAAAAACUGAUUCUACAUUUUCAACGAGCCUGACAAUAAACAAAGUCCUCUCACAAGGUGCACGGUGGCUCCCCCUUCUGGACAUGUCCUGUUUGCAUGUUCUGAGAUGAAAAUGUGCAUGUCAUAAAAAAAAAAGAGGCAUUGUUCAAACUUCAUUGAGUCCACGAUUUGUACGAUUUGUUUCCUGGUUGUGUUUUUUCUGCUUCUCUAAACACACAAGUGUCAGUUUCAGGUUUUAAGUAGAAAAAAAAAAGACGACAAACACAAGCUUGAAUACGAUUUUACGACAGAACGUCCAAAGUGGAAACGAGGCUCCUUCUCCGAGGAGAGAGUCCGACGAGUCCGUCGCUGCCUGAUCUGUUGACUGUCUCUCCCACGGUCACUUUGACUGAACCUAUAGAUUUUGUAUGAAUAUAAGUCCUUGAAUAAAGAGGUAUUAUGAAAUGA